CGACCGAGGGUUUCGUUUUACUCGCCGCGAAGGGUUCCAGCUCGGUUUCUUUCCUGGGAGAGCGGCGGCAGGGAAGAUGGUGGAGAAGGGCACCAAAUGGAGGAAGGAGGUGAUCACGAGGGAGUACACGAUCAAUCUCCAUAAACGUUUACAUGGAUGCACAUUCAAGAAGAAGGCUCCCAAGGCAAUCAAGGAGAUCAAAAAGUUUGCACAGAAGGCCAUGGGUACCACAGAUGUCAGGGUUGAUGUGAAGCUCAACAAGCACAUAUGGAGCAGAGGGAUCCGAAGCGUGCCAAGGCGAGUCCGGGUGAGAAUUGCUCGGAAAAGGAACGAUAAGGAGGAUGCCAAAGAAGAGCUAUUUUCUUUGGUCACAGUUGCCGAGGUCUCACAAGAGGGUUUCAAGGGAUUGGGCACCAAGGUUGUUGAUGAAGCAGACUAAGUUCCGAGUCAUCCAUCAUCCUUGUUUGCAAUAGACACUAGUAAGUUUCUAUAGGAUUUCUGGUGCAUCAUAUUCCUUUUGUAUUGUUUCCGAUGAAUGUUUGAGAACUGUCAUUUCCCGGUCUAGUGUUUACUUGCCUUAGUUGCAGCAUCUAUUUUUAA